AAAUAUUAAAUGCUGUUUUCUUUAAUAAUUGAGGUGCGAAUUACUAAUGAGAGUGUAAAUUACGAAUAGGAGAACGAUCAAAUGCUGUGAAAACAUACUAUAAUAUUUGUUUAGUUCUUUGCGAACUUUAACUGAAAUUUGAAAACUUGGAAAUUGUUGAAUAUUUUGUAAAAAUGAGCGCACUGAAAUUGAAUCGUUUGGCAAAGAAAUGUUUUUCUUUAUUUCCUAAUUAUUCAACACAUCAAAUUAGAACUGGAAAGGAAAAUAGAUGCAAUGAAAUUUCUCAUCGAAGCAGUGAAUUGAAAAUGAAUGGUUGGCAAAUUCAUAAUUAUGGAAAUUGCGAGGAAUUGCAGUAUGCGACAGGCCUUCGCAUGCCGUUGAUUCGUAACGCUAAUGAUUGUUUGGUGCGCAUCAAUACAACAACAGUUAAUCCCAUUGAUGUUGCAAUGUUGGGAGGAUAUGGUUCGAAAAUUAUAAAUAUGCUACGCUGUCAAGAAGCAAAAUCCAUAGAGUUUCCUUUAAUACUUGGCCGAGAAUUUUGUGGUACAGUUAUACAAUGUGGAAUGGGAACUAAUAACAAAGUUGGUGUGGGUGAUCGCGUAUGGGGUGUUGUACCUCUACAAAUGAAUGGAUCACAUGCCCAAUAUGUUAUAGUACCUGAUUAUUGUAUUUCAACUGCUCCUGCUUCCUUAUCUGAUGAACAAGCUGCUUCAGUUCUCUAUGCGGGUCUUACAACAUGGUCAGGCUUAUAUAUUACCGGCCGUUUGGGAGGUCUGUGGGGUGCUAUUUCUAGCUCAGGUGGAGGUGAAAACAAACGAGUAUUGGUUCUUGGCGGCGCUGGUAGUGUUGGCUCCAUUGCAAUACAACUACUUAAGUCUCAAAAGGUCAACGUGCUAGCUACUUGUAGUACUGACGCUAUUGAGACUGUAAAAAACCUUGGUGCUGAUUAUGUUGUUGACUAUAAAAAUUCUGAAGAAAUGCAGAGUUUAAAUAAAUUUGGGCCAUUCGAUAUAGUAUUGGAUUGCGCAGGUCAAGGAGCAGAAGUUUCUAGUCAGCUUAAUAUGAAAUUUCACCAAUAUAUAACCUUUUCUUCUCCGAUACUAAAAAAUGUCGAUAACCAUGGUUUUGGUUUGGGAAUGAUAAAAAAUGUUACAAAUUUUAUAGAAACCAAUACAAAAUCCAUUUCAAAAAAAGGAGGUUUGGUAAAAUACGGAUUCUUUGUACCUGCUCAGCAAGGAAUUGAAUUAAUACAUCGUCUGGUGGAGAAAAAACAAUUGUUGCCGCUUAUUGAUAGCACAUUCACAUUUGAUCGUUUGCCUCAUGCUUUUGAGAGGGUUCAAAAUGGGCACUUACGUGGGAAAGUUGUGAUUAAUUCGAUAAAUUAAUUUCUAUAAAUAUGUGGCCUUCCAGAUAGUAGUGACUUAAUUUAAAAUAUAUACUAAUAUAAUACUAAGGAAUUAGAAGUGACAAUUCUAACAAAAGGAAGGCAAUUUUAAUGUUAAAUUAAAGCUAGUCAUGCGAAAAUUAUAAAUAACUUUAACUUGCA